AUGAGCGGUGUAAUUAAAACGACUUCAGAUGUGUUGGAGCCUCUAGGUACUGUAGUAGAAGUAAAUGAAAAUGUUGUUAGUGAAAUUUUCGACCGUCCAUAUGAAGAAGGGGAAUUUGAAGAAAUACCUCCAAAAAUAUUUGGUUUAAAAGAAAUUUUUGAACCUCUAACUAUACCAUCACUCGAUAAUGCAAUCUAUGAACUUGGAGUGGUUAACCUGUGCUGGCCAGAGAUCAAAGAGCCAGUAUUCGAGACUAGAACAUGUUUUCCAAAAUCGUAUUACACGAACAAUUCAAAAGAACGAUUACUUCUUUCAUAUGCAGAAAACUUUAGGCGACAAUUUUUUCUAUAUAAUAGAAUGAGGAAACCAUUGUUGUUACAAGUCCCCAAUGAAUGUGGUUUGCAGAAAAUGGUGUGUACCUCAAUAAGGCCUACUAAACUUUGUUUUGAAACAACUACUAACUGGCAAGGCAUAGCUACACUGCUUGCUGAUUAUUUCGACUACGAACCACUGGCAAAGCCAAUGCUGCACGUAAGUACUUAUAAACAUAUUUAUCAAUUGAUCAAUAGGAAUUUGGUUCAGAAAUUGAUGGGUUGGGUUGGGUUCAAUAACCAUGCACCGUAA